AUGCCCGCCAGUUCAGCGUACUCACCUCGCUUUUCGCCGUCAGGACGACUUAAUCAACAAGAACCCCAGCUUCAGCAAUACACCAUCGCGGCUAUGUCAGCGCGUGAACGCGAGCGAGAGCGGGCCAGGCUAAGCCCCGAGCCCCGCCUGGAGAUCAUGCGUCCGGUAUCGCCGUUUCAAAAUAAGCGGCAGUUCGUCCACCAGCAGACACAGUUGCAAGCGACCUCUCAGACCCAGGUUCAGCGGGAACAGCGGACGUAUAACUCGCACUAUCAGACUCACUCCAGUGCAAAGCCCUAUACCCACGCAAAACAGUCUCAACUGCGCACCCAGGUGGCGACCUACUCAAAUACCGCCCCUACCACGCACUCCUACGCAAGGCCGGGUAUGUACCAAUCAGGUCCUCAUGCCAGGUCGGGCACUGUUAAAGGCGACUCCCGCGGUGCAUGGAACCAGCAACGAGACACGGACAUUUCACCUGCACUAAAAAUGAUGACAUACGACCAGGGUAACGGACGGGGAGCCGAAAUCGCGUCUAAUGCUAAAGGUACGCUAGCACCGCCUGAGAGAGACGACAUGAAUCGCUCAGUGUCCCCAGACGGCACGAGGCGUCGGAACCCGGGUUGGAGAAAGCCAGUGCCCAAGUACAUCCCAACGCCACCAUCGACGCCGCCUACUGCUGUGUUUGAACGAUUACCGUCGGCACGAGAGGCACGAGACAGAGAGGAACGUGUUCCACCGGUACCCCAGACUUCCAAUGCACGUUCUACUUACGGUCACCCAGUGCCAGUCAAAGCAUACACAGAUCCAGCUCCAUCGGCAGUGAGCCAGGCUCCUUCGAGACCGGUUCGCGCGGCGACGGACUAUCAGGUACCAGUUAUGUUCCGCGACUUCACAACGAACCGCGAUCUAGCGGUGAACUUAGAGUCAUCACACGCUCGCAUACCGACGAUUCAGCAACCUGUCCAAGCGUAUACCCAUCUCAGGCCUGCGCACGCGCUUGCCAGCUCGCCAAAGGUAAUUGCAACUGGCUCCCGGGGAGUGGUGAAGGCGCCGACUUCGCGGGAACAAGUACCAGCUGCUCCAUAUUCACAAGCUUCUACGGCUCCUCAGGCUCCUCCCCAAGCGCACACAAUUGUGCACACUCAACUGCCUCUGCCCUUAGCAUUAGCACAUUCUCGCUCUGAUUCGCGGCCAUCCGAUGCUAAAGAUGAACAACAGAGGGACGCACUGGCGCAUCCUCAGCCAAGGAAGGUGCCCUCAAUGGCUCAGCUUGUCGCCAUGGUGCUUCCAUCCCGCACACCGUCCCCAAAGGUCGCACCGCCUACAUUCGAAGACAACAGCAUCUCUUCACCGAGCCAUCCAGUGCCUGCACCGACGCAUGCAGUUUUGAAUCCAACAUCGCAGCCUACCGUGCCAGUUCUGUCUGUAGAUCCACCUUCUCCAGCAGUUGACGUGCAAGAGGCGAUCAGCACGGUCGUUCCUCGUGCUUUCCUGCAACCGCACCAGGUCCAGCUACCUCCGUCUAACGAAUCAUCAGCGAAAUCCUCUCGCUCUGUAUCUCCCGAACCAGCUGCGCUCAGAAGUAAUGCACCAGCUCCUGUUCGUUCGCGCUCGCGCUCUCCGACGCCUGCUAUCAUCCCCCAAUAUGCGCCUCCUCCGCCCCCCUUCCCCGCGCCACCUCCAAACACUCCUAUUUCUGCACCCAAACAGAGGGUAUCCGCUGCUCUUCAAGCACAAAUCACGUCGAAGCUUGUUGAGAAGGUCGGAGCAACAGCAACGGAGGUAUCACAGCGUCCGCAUUUUCAAACGGAUAAAGCGUCAGCGGAGAAGCAUAAUGCGCAAAUGGCUACACAUGAACAGGCGCUACAGUCGGAAGAUUCUCGCCCUCCGGCACCUCAGAGACGUGAAAUGACAGUGCACCCAGCGGAGAAUAUUCAUGCAUCCACCUUCGCGCAGGAAUAUACUCCAUCGAGCGUCGCAUUGCGCAACUUCGCAACUCGGGAGACGCCAGCAGUGACCAUACCCCGUGAAGAAGCGCCAGUUUCCACACCGGAAAGCAAUACUGCUCACUCGUCACGAAAGAUGCAGCAGAUGAAAGAUAAUAUGGAUCAAAUAACGAGUACGCCGGCUGUGAAUUUGCGUGACUCUACUCGUUCCCGAGCACACACGCCGCCUUCUCGAGGGACCAAUCCAUCGACUACUCAGGAGGGGCAAAACAAAUUAACUUCAGCGGAGGAAAGGACGGUUCCUGUGUCGGUUCCCAGCCAGAACGUGCAUUACAGAGGAUCAUUGCUGCUUGAUACUCGAGCAAGCGAGGAGAAUGAGGUAAAAGUUGAGAAGCGUCCUGCUCCUAUUCCCAUGUCCGAUCGCAGUCAAGUAUCGAGAGAAUCUGGCCUUGCCACGCCGCCGAUAACUCCGCCCGGAACGAUUGCUUCGAUGUCAACUCUUAAAGAAGAGCCAGAUCGGACCAAAAAGCUGGAACACGACAGCGAGGACCAGUCGACUCGGAACGUUGCUUUACCUGUUGCACAUUCGCGUAGUGCGAUACCUUACUCGUCUACCCCUGCACACGUUACAAAGGCCGUAAUACGACGUGAUGCAUUGAUACAGGACGAACAGCCGACCAAGGACAAUGAAGCAACUAUCGAAGGAGCAAAGACCAAUGCACGUCCCGUAACACAGUUCCUCGCGUCAGCAAAACCCGUCGUGACUUCAAAUGCUGCACCAGAGGAGCCGGCCACACCUCCAGCGACAAAGCUUCCUUCCGACUGGAAAGAGACGAUUACUCGCGCUGUACGAUCAAAUAAUAGUCCAAGCCCGAGCCUGCCUCUCCCGUCACAAGCUGGCCAUGAUGAAAGUUCGAGCAUCCUCCCACUCUUGAAGCCGGCGAUUUCGCAGUCUCAUGCAGAAAAGAAAGUACAAACGGUUCCAGCUGAAGCGUCUGUAGCAACGGAAUUACGGUCGGAAAGGUCGGAACACGCGACAAUGGCAUUGACUCUUCACGUACACGAGGUCGAGAACGUGCAUGUCUUCAAGCCCGCUCAAAGUCCCGGAAAUGCCCCUAACGACACCGAGAAGGGGUGGCAUGUGUAUUCAUCGAGGUCACCUCGGAAUGUCCCCAUGCCACUGGACCCACCUCCGGCGACCUCGUAUGUUAUCCAAAAUCGGACAGCGCAGAGUCUCUCUCCACCAAUUAUCAGUGCCAAUGGAAUGGCUACGGAAGCAAAUACACGAAAUCGUUCCCCUGUGCCCCGUAGGAAAAUGCCGCAGCAAUACAUCGAGGCGACUAAUUUGACCCAGGAAAAGCCCGAUAUUGAACCCACGACAGUGACAGAAACCGUAGUUGCACCAUUAUCAGAUUCUGCUCCUGUUCCUUCAUCUCGACGUGCUGUAGAACUAUCUUCACGCAGUCACUCUCCUGGUUCAAGAAAGAAGGCGAAGGCUUCACGAGGACGAACUAACAAUGGCGAGCGUGACGCAAGCGCUAUUCAAUCGUCGGAAAAUCAUCCACCGAGCCUAUCAAGUGGCGUCAGCCAUGCGGAUUUUCCAGAACUUAAAGAGCCUCGCCUCAUCGCUGAAACAGAGUCGACAAACUGCAUUUCUCCACCUCCCAGGUAUCAAUCACUGGGUAAUAGGAAACGAUUGCCUCUGAAUGGAUCGGAUUCUAGUCUCGUUCAGCCUGGCGAUAGGGAUUUGACUCACGGUCUUCCUUCCUCACCUCCACCUGCUUCUCGGUCACUAUCACCGACUUCACAGACUCAGCCUCUUCCGAAACAGUCGCGACAUCUGCAUGGCCAACACAAGCGUCUCCCUGCCCUGGAAGUCACGCAACAGACAUAUAGACCUCCGACGCCGCCUAUUCCAUCUCAUUACCGGAAGAAGCGGUCUAAUGACAUGUUACCUCCGGAACCUCCGAGCUUCAUGAAGAAAGCCGUUCACGUUAUCUAUCCAGACACAUCAACUUCACAUGGGCAUUCACUGUCAAAUGACUCCGCCUUUAACAAACCGAAUCCUGAUCCCGAGAAUGACAAUAACUGUGUUGAACCCUCGAAUGCCCAGUCCAACAAAGAACGCUCGCGCCCUCAGUCCCCUGCUUUUUCUACUCCUGCUUCCGAGGACCAAGACGAAUACGAAACUGUUGAAUCAGAUGCCUACCCUCAAGUUCCUCCCAAAGGACGGAGGCCCGAAGGGCAUACUCGUGGUUUUACCACUAGUGAUCGACAAGCUGACUACACCAUUCAGCAUGCAACCCGGGGCCAAGUCAGGUAUCCAAGUGCACCUGUCGGAGAAGCUAAAGCUCACACCCUUAUGCUUCCGCCGAGUUCCAAUAGUUCUAGGAGUCGUGUAGCUGAUCGCAAGGAGAGUUCACCCAGUCCGAACUUGCGUUCUCGCCGAGGACCCCAGCCACAUGCGACGAAGGCAGCGCGAAGUCAUAGUGAAAAGGUUUUUAGAAACAAGAGUAAAGUACAUCCAGUGGCGAGAUCACGAAGCACUCCGAUUCCAUCCUCGAGGCAACGAGGUCGACGUAGCUUUUGGCAGAUUUUCGGUCUGUGGGCAAGGGUAUUUAUGGCGAAGUUCAAGACGUGGGCGUCGCCGUCACCUUCACCUUCCCAGUCAAGGGAAUACGGACCAUAUUAUAGUACUAGUGAUGAGUAUUGA